UUAUUGGGAGGAGCUACUGUUCGUUCGUUGUGAGGCUUUAGGAAUCCAUGGGUAACUGCUUUGGUUCUUCCGCCAAAGUAGACAGCGCUCACACUACUCAGAAUGCUUUUGGCAACUCAAAAGCUACAACUAGAACUACUUUAUCUUUAGCAGUUUCUAGCUCAGCAGUUUCUAGCCUGACAGUCUCAUCUUGUGGUGAAAAGAUUACCACUGAAAGUCUUCCUACCCCGAAGUCUGAAGGUGAAAUAUUGUCAUCGCCAAAUUUGAAAGCAUUUUCUUUUAGUGAGCUGAAAAAUGGCACUAGAAACUUCCGUCCUGAUAGUCUUCUUGGAGAGGGAGGAUUUGGCUGUGUUUUUAAGGGAUGGAUUGAUGAACAAACCCUUGCAGCUGCGAAGCCUGGAUCUGGAAUGGUUAUUGCGGUCAAGAAACUUAAGCCAGAAGGUUUCCAAGGCCACAAGGAAUGGUUGACAGAAGUGAAUUAUCUUGGCCAACUUCAUCAUCCAAAUUUGGUUAAACUUUUUGGUUAUUGCUUGGAGGGAGAGAAUCGGCUUUUAGUUUAUGAGUUCAUGCCAAAAGGCAGCUUGGAGAAUCAUCUUUUUAGACGAGGGGCCCAGCCGCUAUCUUGGGAAAUAAGGAUGAAAGUCGCCAUAGGUGCUGCUAGAGGUCUCUCUUUCUUGCAUGAUGCCGAAUCACAAGUUAUAUACAGGGACUUCAAGGCUUCUAAUAUUCUUCUGGAUGCGGAAUUUAAUGCAAAACUUUCUGACUUUGGCUUGGCCAAGGCAGGCCCCACUGGUGAUAAGACUCAUGUCUCUACUCAAGUCAUGGGCACUCAUGGCUAUGCAGCACCUGAAUAUGUUGCCACAGGUCGGCUCUCUGCAAAGAGUGAUGUAUAUAGCUUUGGGGUUGUACUGUUGGAAUUGUUGACUGGGCGCCGUGCUGUUGAUGAAACAAAAAUUGGGAUAGAGCAAAACCUGGUGGGCUGGGCAAAGCCAUAUUUGGGUGACAAACGCAAGUUAUUCCGGAUUAUGGACACCAAGUUGGAGGGCCAGUAUCCCCAGAAAGGAGCCAUCAUGGCUGCCAACCUUGCCUUACAGUGCCUCAGCAGUGAUGCAAAAGUCCGUCCACGUAUGGCUGAGGUUUUAUUAAUUCUGGAACAAAUCCAAGCCCCAAAAAAUGCUUCCAGAUACUCCCACCCGGAACAGAAAAAGGCCUCUAAUCCGGCCCACAGAUCCCCACUGAGACACCGUCCUUCACCUCUCAAUCUUGCACCUCGUGGUUCUCCGUUGCCAUCACGCCGGCAAUCCCCACGAGUUCGAUAAGCAGAGAUUUGCCAUUCAAUCUGGUUUUUUAUGUAAAUUACUUUUUCCCACUUUUUUUUGGGUUUAUUGACAGACUGAUGCUUGUUUAGUGUAACAUUGCAUCAUACAAAAUGUUUCUCUUUCCUCGAUCAAUGUAAUCAUUUUUAUUU